GUCUUUGCAGCUCUCUUCCACGCGUCCAGUUUUAUUCACUUUCUAUAAAAGCUAUAUUACGCUGGUUGCAGCGCUGGUGGCAGCAACUGUGUUUCGCUCCUUUCAUCCACUUAUUUUCCUCUACUGCCUUUUCUUUUUUACUCAUUUUCGCUCGAAUUCGUCACUCAAUUGGACAAAGCCUUAUUUCCAACUAGCACCAAGCCCCUACUCUUCGUCUAAUCCAAGCAUCGUCGUGCCUCAAUUCACGCCCACCUCUUCAACUAAACCUCGUCUCUUCGUCUUUUCGACUACGCGUACCCCACGCACAGCAUAGGCAGCCAAAAGAAAAGGGCUCUGCCAUGAGUAUCAAGGGCCAGCAGGCAUCGCAAAGGAUGCCACAGCCGAACCCACACAGGGACUCAGAGUCUCCUUCUUCCGUGGCACUGAGAGACACGGAUAGCCAUACACAGCCUGCGUCAACACGCCGGGGACGGCCACCCAAGGUCCCAGGCAUCCGCGGAAGAUCCCUGCAAAAGCGGUCGCACCCCAGGAUCAAAAAGUCCAAGGAGUUUGUCGUGGAUUCCUCGGACGAGGAUGACGAUUCAUCGAGCGACGAGGAAGAUGAAGUUACUUGCGCAAUCUGCCACAUGGGGCAUUCGCCGGACAACAACCCCAUCGUGUACUGCGAAGGAAGGUGCAACCUGGCGUACCACCAGAUGUGCUAUGGCAUCCUGGAAGUGCCGCCGGGCGACGACCCCUGGUACUGUGACUGGUGCAGCAGCAACAACAGGACGCUCUAUGGAAAGAACCUGUUCUGCUGCCACUACAAGGACGAUAAGACUGCACGGACACUGGUUCUGAAGGACAAGGACAAAGAGCGGGAGGAGCGCCCGAGCGAGUUCAAGUUCAUCCACAUCCACUGCGCGGCGUGGUCGCCGGAGAUAAACACAGACGAGAUCCCGUUCACUACAACGCUGCCCAAGCUCAAGGGCGACUUCAAAAAGUGCUGCAUCUGCAACGCCCGCUUCGGCUUCCAGGUGCACUGCAAGCAUGUCAAUGCUGAUGGCAGCCCGUGCGAGAAUUCGUUCCACCCCAUGUGCGCAAUUCGCAACAACUUCAUCCCGCGGCCAAUUGUGUACAACUACAAGUACAAGGAUCCGCUCUGCCCCGAACAUAUCCCGCCCGCCAAGAUGCUACCGGCGAAACGUCCGCUAUCCGCUGGUGUUGAGGACAUCAAUCAGCCCGCGAGCAAGCGCCUGGAUCGCCGGCCGUCAGCCGCAGCGAUGGCUUAUUCUUCACCUAGCGCCGCCAUGAAUGCUGGCUCUCAGCGGCUGCCGUCGACAGCCAAGUCGGCUUCAACACCGAUGCCAAAGAAACAGACUACAUUAUCGUCAUCCAUGCCACAGUAUCCGCGCAGUCCAAGAGGUGCGGAUAAUCCCUCUUCCAAGCCCCAGCUGUCAUUUAACUAUGCGGAUGUGAGCGGCAAUGCCAACAUGAAGCAGGCGCUGGCAAGCCUCAGGCCUAUGCGCCGAGUUGGCCGUCUACCACAGUCGAUAAUUGACGACGGAAGCGAUGCGUCAUCGCUGGAUCAGCUGGCGACUACCAAAGCCCAAAAUGGACAAGGCAACCGCAUUGGGAAUGGUCGCACUGCUGCUGCGAGUGGUGACAACAGCGACGACACGAUCAGCGAGGACAUGGAGUCGCGGUCGCGUUCCAAGAAUAGCCAGCAACGGCGUUCCGCUAAUGCGCCGUCGAACUCGCGUCAGGCUCAGCAGUUUGCAGCAGAUCCCAAUGGGGGCAGUGCCAAGAAGAUCAUGCUGACGCUCCCAGGCAACGAUCAGUCGCGUCUGCAUGACCAUUCGCCCGACCUUGCGGACAGGGGGUCUGCCGAAUCACACGCCCAUGGGGCUGCACGCCAAGCGCCAUAUUCUGCAGUUAUGCGGCCCAUGUCCUCACCAGCACCUGAGUCAGCAGCAGAUCAGUCGAUGAAUGGCUUAGUCCACAGCUCUGUGCGCCAGGGGUCACUAGAGCGCGAUCCGACUGCCAGUCCGCAGCUGCAGCAGUCAAUGGCGCCUCCAGUAAUGACCAAGCGCCAGACGAUCCGUAUUAAGCCGUUUGUGCGCAGCAUUGAUCGCAGACCAUCGAUCCACGACCAGCCCGUUGCGCUUAGUGCUACAUCGACAUCAUUCCCCAUUGAGACCUCGAAAAGCGCUGCAGCGAUUGCAACCAUUGCUGAGCAGAUACCGGAACUUAUGAGCAUAGCAUCGGGUUCAAGCAAGGCGUCCAAAGAGCAGCUCGCAUGGAUGAAGGAGUCACGGGAGGUGCUUGAUAAGCACACUGAGAUGCUGACUAAGAUCCAUGAGCUUGUCAACGAGCUAUCCGCACAGCCUGCCAAGCAAGCACAGACAGCGAUGUCAACCAUCAGCAGCCUGACGGCACUGAUUCCGCGUAGUGAUGCGCCUCUGCUGACUAACAAGCCAUCAGUAGUGCCAGCUAGCGGCGAAAUAUCGUCUGAUCCAGCACCCGGUCCGUCUCAGUACCAGCGUCCUGCCGCGCUGAGCCUGAACAAGCUUUUCAACAAGAGCGUGCCUGCUUCAGCGUCAGCUGACAAGGGGCCAGAUGUAGAUGCUGACAAGAGAACCGCUUCCCUGUCUUCGGUGCCAUUGACCCGGCCAAUCUUUAGUUUGCCUCCGCCCAGCUCACUGGCAGCCAUACCCUCCUCGCCAGCAAUGGCGUUGACAGCCAAGCCUACAACCAUAGCAUCUGGUAUCAACGGCAAAGCGUUGUAUACACCGUCGCCCGAGCUCACAUCUAAUGGAGUCAGCAACGCUGGGUCUCUGUCGCCGACACACUCAGAGAACACUGGCUCUGGAAGUGACUCACACCUCUCGAAACCAUCGGCAGCAGAGAUUGAGCUCAGGGAGCUCAAGGCCGAUGCGACGAAGCUGUUUCGUAUGCUGGAUCUGGGACAGGCGCUGUUGGAUAAGGCAAAUGCGAAACGCCCGGGCAUGCUGCGCCCCCUGAUUGAGGACAUGAAGAAGCUCGGCGGCACCAUGCAGGAAGAAAACAUUUCUGUGUUCAUCAAGACGAUUCUCCGCCAUUUUGACAGCAAAAAGUGA